AUGCCCCUCGUCUACCCUCGUCUACCCUCCUUCCUCCUCGGUUCUGAAUCUCUAUGCCGGCUUGCUGUGAACGCUGCUUCCGCUAUCCGCAGCCCACUACCCGCAUUUACAUGUCGCAAGCAUCCUGCAUUUGCUGCUCACCCUUUUGACGGAACAAGCUUUGCUCUGGUUAUGUGUCCCGCUCUGCACGCGGCGCAAACAAACACCUUCAGCAUGGAUUGGCCAGGCGUCGUCUUCCAAACGGCAAGCCUUCGCCCUCCUACGUCACCUGAGGAACAAUAA